AUGAAUAACAAGGCUGGCGAGCUGGGCUGCUCCAGCGGCGACACGAACUGUCUCUGCACAAAAGCCAACUACGGAUUUGGUAUCCGUGAUUGCACUGCCGAGGCCUGUCCUGGCGACAAUGCUGCCGCUGUCCUAUCCAGUGCCCUGUCCUCUUGCCCUAGUGACUCUGCAGCUGUUACUGCCACAGGAGCUAGCCCUGGUUCUGGCUCUGGCUCUGGCUCUGGCUCUGGCUCUGGCUCUGGCUCUGGCUCUGGCUCUGGCUCCGGCUCUGGCUCUGGCUCCGGCUCUGGCGCUGGCUCCGGCUCUGGCUCUAAUUCUAGCUCCAGCUCUAGCUCUGGCUCUAAUUCUGGAUCCUCUACCACCGCUACUAACACUGCCACCAGCAGCGGCAGCAACACAACUGGUGGUGCUGGUGCUGGCUCUGGUGCCUCCUCCACUGGCAGCAACCCUUCGGAAACUGGAACUACUACCUCUGGAGCGAACCCCUCCAACACUGGUGCCACUACCACAGAUACGACAAUGACUACUACUACUACCAGCUCCACUUCCACAUCUGAGAAUGGCACCUCCACCGGCAACAGUUCCUCUGAGACAGCAUCUGGUACCAGCUCGGGCUCAGGCUCCGGCUCCACUGCCACUGCCACUGCCACUCAGACUGCCCCCUCCAACACGUCCACUCACAAUGUUGCCCCUCGCGGCGCUGUCGUUGGUUCCGGUGCCGUCGGAGCCCUGGCCCUCGCUGCCUUUGUUAUCCUCUAA